AUUGUAUUCCAGCAGGUUGGAGCAAGUGAGAGCAGCCUGCUAUCAUAGCUUAGGCCUAUUCAAAAAAGUUGAGUUUAAAUCAAGUAUCAGACGGCAAAUAGGCAUAAUGUGACAAAAAAGUAAUCAGGGUUAUUUGUUGAUAAUAUAAAAGUUAUUUUGCGGUGUUAUUUUAGAAAUGACAACAGGAGAAACCGAGCCUGCUUUGCUUCAGUAAACUGCGUUUUUCUUCGACUUUGUACAAUGGAGGAUCUGUCCGCUCUGCUGCAGGUGGAUAACUGCGCUCAGCUGUUCAAGGGGUGGCGUUAAAUCCAUACAGUGAAUGUUGGAGCUAAUGAAAUGGACCCGAGCUGAUGCCCCAAAGUCCCGGUCUGCCCACACUAGACCCUGCUUGUCACGGGUGGGGAUGGCAGCGCGUCCGGAUGUGCAGGCCAUACCUGGAGUUGUGGUUGGGAGUGUUUUACUGCUGGUACUGAGCAGUAAUCCAGUGUGGGGAAAUUCUACUACUAUUGAAAGUGACACCAGUUCUAAUAAUACUAAUGGGACCAACAUUGCAGCUAUCGUGGUCCCUACGGUCAUUCUGGGUGUCCUGGCCAUAGUCUUGGCUGUUCUCGCCUGGCUCCUCUGCGUGGUGAAAAAGAAGAGACAGACCGAAGGGACCUAUAGACCGAGUGCUGAGGAACAGUCUGGUGCAAGCAGCGUGGCGACACCAGACGCACUCAAGUUACCAAAGGAGGAAAGACUAAUUUGAGAUUUUGUGCUGUUUGUACAAAAGGACACAGGAUGCAAAAUGUUUGCAUAGUAGCGUUCCUGUGUGACGAGGCUCUCUCCCUGCAGCCGAUCAAUGAAAGGAAAAUCCUCCUAUGUUUGAGAGGACUGGUUGCCAAGUUUGAUGCUUUUACUUACCUCUUUCAUUUCAACAAGCCCUGAAUGCAUGGUUCUUACAUGGCAGAAAAGCACCUGGAUGUGUGGAUGUAGGGGAUUUUAAGAACAACUGAACAUUUCAAGAAAGUUUUGAGCAUUUUUUCUCCCCGCACAAAUGAAACAGUAUUUUGUCACCACUAAUAAUUUUAGUUUAGAGAUAUUUUUCUUGCUUCAGCUGCCUUAAUAUACAGUUUAUACAUGUACUUGAUUUGAUUCAGUCUAUUAUGAAAUACUGUCACUGGCUUAAUUUAUAGUGAUCUUUUACCUUAAGCAUUUGCCUCUGAGAGUCCUGAUGUUUUUUUUUAGUCUAAUAAUGAAUGUAAUUGAACAUCACAGUGCAAAAAGUCUUUAUUUGAGAAAGAUUGCUGUGUAUUAAAAAUGAGGUUAUACUGAGAUAUUAAAUCAAGUAAAAGUGAGCAGUUGUUUACAUUUCAAAUAUUCCUUAAAGUAAUCAAACUAAUUUAAAAUCACAUUAUUUAAAAACUUUUUUUAUUUCAAGAGAUCAAUCAUGCAGUGCAUCAUAAUCAAGCAGAUAAUGUUUUACAAUGUCACAUGCUUAUGUAUGCUUUUGUCAAAUAAAUAACAAAAGUUGUUGUAAAAUAGUUUACUUUAAAAAGCAUUGAAACUAAUAUUGAAAGGAUAUUUGAGAAUAUCCUCAACAUCCUGUUCUAAUUUAUAAGUUUUCUUAAAAUGACAUGAUGUUACUAAAGGUAUGAUUAUGUUCACCGUAUGCAAUCCCAGUCAAAAUAAGAUGUGAGUAUGAAGCAGGGGAACAUUUGAUAAAAAUGUAUUUGAACCACGUACAAAAAAUCAUUGGGGAAAAAUGAUAAAUUCCAAAACUAUGUAUUUGUCUUACUGUAGGAUGAUAAAACAGCUCGGCAGAUAAGGAGUCCUGGUAGAGUGAAAAGUUCAGCUCCUGUAACAACCAGUACCUGACUGUACAGGUUGUUACCUGAUAAAGACUAUAAAACACUGAAGCCAAUGUUAGUCUUUCUGGGGGAGAAUGCUAUCUAUAAUGAAAAAUUGUAGAGAGUGUAUAACUGUAUGUUUAUGUACAGGUAUUUUAUAAAUCCUGGUACCUCUCCCUCUC